UUUUCGUCGCUCUCUCGUGCUCUUCGUACAACGAUGACGGCAGCUCUCGGUUCGAGUUUACUCGGAAACGUUCGCUCGCUGUCCGUCGACCGUCGUGUGCGUUUUGAGUAAAUUCACACGUUUUUGCGCACGCGACAAUUUUUUUCUCUCAAUUUUCGCGGAUUCUCGCACACACGACGCACUUGGCACACAAAAAAAAAAUCCUCCAAACUGUGAUACGUACGGUAACUUCGUUUGAGUAUCGCACGCUCUCUUGUCACUUUGAUGUCAUUACAUACCGGUAAACGCCCUAACAUCCGCAGAUAUUAGUCAUUUAAUGGAGCUGAUGAUAUGAGAACGAUCUAAAAAAAAAAAAAAAAACAAAAAAUCAGAAACAAGGAAGAUACUGUUCAGACGGAAUAUUUUGCGCCGAGAGAUGGACAGCAAAGGGAGAAAGAUCAUUGUCUGCGACAAUGGAACCGGAUUUGUCAAGUGCGGAUACGCCGGUGCGAAUUUUCCGGCCUAUAUAUUUCCAUCCAUAGUAGGACGACCCAUUAUCAGAGCUGUCAAUAAGAUUGGUGAUAUCGAUGUGAAGCAAGAAUAUUGCAUUCGUGACUUAAUGGUCGGCGAUGAAGCGAGUAAACUUCGUUCUAUGUUAGAAAUAAGUUAUCCCAUGCAAAAUGGAAUUGUUAGAAAUUGGGAAGAUAUGUGUCACGUGUGGGAUUACACAUUUGGUAAGGAGAAGAUGAACAUUAAUCCUAGGGAAUGUAAAAUUUUAUUAACUGAACCACCGAUGAAUCCUAUUACAAAUAGAGAGAAAAUGAUUGAGGUGAUGUUUGAAAAAUAUGGGUUUGCUGGAACGUACAUCGCGAUUCAAGCAGUACUGACGCUAUAUGCUCAAGGUUUAAUAAGUGGUGUCGUCGUAGACUCCGGCGAUGGUGUCACGCAUAUUUGUCCCGUAUUUGAGGAAUACGCUCUGCCACAUUUAACUAGACGGUUAGAUAUAGCAGGACGCGAUAUUACUAUGUAUUUAAUUAAAUUGCUGCUGCUGCGCGGUUAUGCGUUUAACCAUUCAGCUGAUUUCGAAACUGUUAGAAUGUUAAAAGAAAAAUUGUGUUACAUUGGUUACAACAUAGAGACGGAAGAAAAGUUGGCUCUUGAAACCACUGUGUUGGUGGAAUCUUAUACCCUUCCCGACGGGCGUGUAAUAAAAGUUGGCGGUGAGAGAUUUGCAGCACCGGAAGCUCUUUUCCAACCGCAUUUAAUUAACGUCGAAGCGCAAGGUAUAGCCGAACUGGUGUUUAGCACAAUUCAAGCGGCCGAUAUCGAUAUAAGAACCGAGCUGUACAAGCACAUAGUCUUGAGCGGAGGUAGUACAAUGUAUCCAGGUCUUCCGUCAAGAUUAGAACGAGAAAUCAAGCAACUCUAUCUUCAAAGAGUAUUAAAGAACGAUACCACGAAAUUAAAUAAAUUUAAAAUAAAAAUUGAGGACUCACCUCGACGUAAAGAUAUGGUCUUUAUGGGUGGUGCUGUGUUAGCGGAGAUAACAAAAGACCGAGAUUCCAUGUGGAUAACGCGAGAAGAGUACGAGGAGAAAGGUCUCAGUGUGCUAAAGAAAUUAGGCUCUUAUCACAAAGAAUCAUACGGGAAGUCGUCGUAACGUAGGUUACAAGGUUUUUAACUGGCAAUCAAGUGUUUUUAUACCUAAAACAAAAAAAAAAAAAACAUUGUUCUUGAGAAUUGCUCUUACGCAGUAGGAUUUACGCAAACAAUUUGUUGUAUAAUUGUAUAAAAAAAAAAAACCGAAACAUUUUAAAAGACUUCCUAGUUGUAAUAAUAUUAAAAAACUUUUAAUACAUUGUUUUCGUAAACAUAAAUAAAUAAUUUCACACAACUAUGA